AUGCGAAGCGAAACCAUCGUGUCAUUAGUAGUGUUGUGCUGCUUUCUCGUGAUCUUUGCCAAUUGUGUUACAGCGGCAGAGCUUAAAACACAUCAGUUAGGUUUUGCUCAAUUUGAAUGCUUUUCCUGCUACAGUCGGUCCUCAGCAUGUGGUAGUAGAAUGGAUGCAGAAUCAAUGGCUGUGGCCUCCAAACAGAAAUGCAGAAGUAAAUGCUUUCUUAGGAUCGAUGGUCCAACCGUGUACAGGGAUUGUUUUGACGGCUGGAUAGGCGGGAUGGUGGACAGCAGCUAUAACGGCUGUAGAACACAGUUCCUCCAAGGCAGGUCUAUGGAAUGGUGCUUCUGCGAGGGGCAUCUCUGCAACGGGGCCACGCGAGAGGACUUGGCGAAAAUCUUCCGCCAGGUGGAAGCACCUUUUAACAUUUUUACUCAAGAAACGACUAAAUCACAGCCAGAAGUGCCGGAUACAAUUGAGUACGGUUCAAAGUCACAGGAGCGAGAGGGAAAAUACUCUGAUGACCGCGAGCAAGAUGGGGACGGUUUGCCAAAACGUGGCUCGAAAACGAAUGAAUACAACACGGUGUCCAAAGCUGUCGAAUCCGCUGCACAAGCACCGGAGAAAACAAUACAAAAAGUCGUUGGAGAGGAAGAAGAAAGGUCGGACGAUGAACCGCAAGCGGACUUCCCGAAUAGCUUCGAUCAACUAAGCCGUUACGUCGCUACGCCACGUGCGAUCCCCGAGAUCAAGAACGACCGAGAAAGCGCGUCUCAUUUAAUAGAAGACGGGGAGUUCGUAGAGGAGGGGUAUAACGACGGUGUGCCCUUUUCAGUGGACAUCAGUGACAGAAACAACCGACCGUCAUUUCAGCCCGUCGAAGUGUCAUAUUCUGAAGGUAUUAGUUGUUACGAAUGUACCAGUGGUUCGCAAUCGUGUGGUGAGCGCGUGUAUGAAGGAGGGUUCCUCUCCAAGACAGCCUGCAGGACCAAGUGCUACACUAGAAGCGAAAAUGGAAACAUAUUCAGAGGGUGUUUCGACGGAUGGAUCGGCAGUGUGGUCCACUCGGACUACAUCGGCUGCCAAAAACAGUCAUACCGCAGCACAGAUGUCACGUGGUGUUUCUGCGGGACUGAUUUGUGUAAUGGCCAGAGCAUAGAGCAGUUAGGAAGACGUUUAAACCCCACGUACAUAGGCAUAAAUACUGAACACAGGCAUGGAUACAUUGGAAAGGACAGGAUCUCUUAUCAAGAAGGGUCGAGGGAAUUUAAUCACCAAAAGAACAUAGAACCUUCAUAUAACAGACGUCUGUAUGGUGUUGACCCCAUCCCAAUGUAUGCAAAACCAACGAAGACAGAGGUCAAUCCGUUGAACGAAGACUCUAAGUUCAUCAGACUGCGAAGCGCCUGCUAUGGGAAAGCAGACGGGCCCCACUCGGACCCACUCGACUGCUCCGCCUUCAUUCACUGCUCACACGGCGUCGGCUAUAAGAAGUAUUGCCCGCCAGGAACCGCAUGGGACAAUCGCCUGAAACACUGUAAUUUUUCAAGGAGAGUUUCGCCUCCGUGCGAGGCGCCAUAUCAGUGAAUGUGUCCUCAUAGUUGGUAUUGGGCAGUUGUUGAUUUAUUGUUCAUUGGUCGUAGGCCGUUAUAAAUUAACACGAGGGAUGUUUGAGCGGUCUAUGUAGACCAACCUCAAGCACGAAAACUUUGUCGUCUUUUGAAACUCUAAAAUGGCCGGUCAAAGUAAAAAAAAAGACCAGGAACAUAAAGUGGACAUUAAUUUAUUGUUUGGUAAGCUUGAUGAUGAUGGAAUAAGAUGAAAUUAUAAUCUCCAGUGCAAGUUCUUGAUGGGAAUUUUGUAUAUAUUGCCAAAACCGAACCAGACGCUACAGAGAUCAAAGGUAAUUUUUAUUUGCACCUUAGAAAGAAGUUCUAUUUAUUUCAAAGAACAUAUGUGCAAUCGAGUUAACAGCUAUUUAUUAUCGCUAUUAUUUUUUUUUUUAAUUUUCAUUCUAGUUAAAUACAUAAAUAUUAUAUCAUUUUAGCUGUGUAUUGUUACAAAAUUGUUACAAAAAAGUGGAGCAUACAUAUUCUAGAACAAAAAUGUUAAUAAGAUGAAAUUCGUGAAUCGUAUAGAAAUAAGAAUAUUACUGACAACGCGUGCAUCUACUCUUGUAUAAAAACCUUGUCGCUGCACAUGCAUGUGUACCAUGAAACAAUUUAUCUAAUUUAUGAUAAAAUCUAUAAGGGGGCAUUCAGAUAAACGAUUUGUUCUAGCUGGAUUGAUCCAACUCUGUGGGAGAUUCUCCCUAAGUGCAAUCACGGUAAUCGACUUGAAUGUCUGACCCAACUACUCGAGGGGUAAUUAACUAUUAAACUAGCUACUCAGGGAGGUGUGUCAAACAAUUUAGCCAAUUAUACUGAAUGCACUUUACCAAGAACCCGCGCUGAGUAAUAUCGGUUCAGCUGGUACGAUGUUUGAAUCUGAACGCGGCCUUAGUUCAUAUUCAAACGAACGCCACUCUCGAUCUAUAUACGACAUGCAAGGAUCCUCUGUCUCUGCCUCUGUUUAUGGGAAUCAUAACGUUAUUAUACAGCUAAUAAAAGUUUGUUUUUUAAUGAUAUCAUUACAAACAUCACAUUAUCAAUAAAGCCUACGAGGUAUAUAAGUAUACAUUGUUUUUGUGUCCUUUUGCUCACUUGAGAAUCCCUGUUAUUCUGUCGGAAUC